CGUUGUGGUGGUCUCCCCUAUACUUCCGGUCAAAAUCCCUUUGUCGGUUUUGGCUGUGAAUGGGAUCUUUUUCAGGUUGAAAUUGUGUCCCCUGUUCCUUCUAUACAACUGUGUAUAUCAGAGGCUUUGGUUUGCCUCAAUAAUGGCCGAGCUACCGACUACCGUUGCAUGAUCGAACAUCUACACCUAAAAGGCAUGAUUAAACCCUUACCCUUAUUUGAGUGUGGUUCUGUAAGUCCUACAGUACUGCUAUAGUUACAUAUCUUUCAAGGAUUGUCGUGACUCUACUGAGUUUAAUACAACCAUAUCUGUUAGGCGUAAGAUGGAACUAGAUGAUCAACAUGAGAUGGAGGAUAUGUAUAUAAGUACAUUAGUCGAGCAGGAGGAAAGUUCAACAGAACAAGAAUGGAUGGAUCAUGCCAGCAUAUCUCCUGCACACGAGGAAGACGACGACGCCAUUAAUUUGUCAUCUGAUGUAGACAAAUGCCAAUCAUCACUUCAAAUUGAAACAGAUAACCAAUUUGGAUGUGAUUUCUGUGGGAAAAAAUAUGAUAUGAUGGAAGACCUACAAAUACAUUUACAAAUACAUAAUGAUCGCUCGCUCUACAACUGUGAGGUAUGUGAAAGAGAAUUUAGUCAUCCCCAAAGUCUACUUAAGCACCUCAGAGUACACACAGGAGAAAAGCCGUUUAACUGCUUCGUUUGUGGUAAGGGUUUCGGUCUAUCUGGUGAUUAUCAGAGACAUAUGAGAAUCCAUACUGGCGAAAAACCGUUCAAGUGUGAAGUUUGUGGGAAAGCAUUUUGUCAGAAAGGGGACUUACAGAGGCACACGCGAAUCCAUACUGGAGAUAAACCGUACCAAUGUAAUGUGUGUGGAAAUGAGUUUGCUCAAAUAGGACAUCUGCACGUGCACUACCGUAGACACACGGGUGAAAGGCCAUACAUGUGCGAUGUAUGUGAAAAAGUGUUUUUUGUCAGAGAACACUUGCAAAACCAUAUCAGGACACAUACAGGAGAAAAACCUUACAAAUGUGGGGUAUGUGGAAAGGGUUUUGCUGUGAAUGGUACAUUACAGAUCCAUCUAAGGACGCAUACUGGAGAACGACCGUACACGUGUGAUAUUUGUGGAAAGGGAUUUAGUGCCGGUGGCAGUUUACAGGCCCACCUCCGGGUACACCGUGGGGAAAAGCCGUAUGAAUGUGAAGUCUGUCAAAAAACAUUUACACAAAUAGGAAACCUACAGCGACAUCGUAGGGUUCACACGGGAGAAAAGCCGUUCAAAUGUGACAUCUGUGGUAAAGGUCUCAGUGAAAAUAAAAGUUUACAAGCCCAUCUCAGGAUGCAUGCGAGACUACAGUCGAAAGAACAAAUGGCAGCUCCUGAAAUUUGUGAUAGUUACAUAGAAAGUUAUCCCGGUAAAGCAGAGAAAAGAAGCGUUGUAUCACCAAAUGAAACAAAGAAGUAACGAAGGAAGUAUUCAGGAUUUUUAACUGAACAUCGUUUUACAUGAACAUUUUUUAUAAAGUAACUAUCAUUUUCAGUGCGACAUAACUAGUGAGGAUUUCUCGAGCAAGUAAUCUCAUUUUGAAAGUGUUUUGCCUAAUUGCAUAUAUUAUUGUACAAAUUUUACAAAAAUGAACAAACACAUUUUGAUGUUAUUCGGUUUCUGCUGUUUUCUAGAAUUUUUGAUCAGACGUCAUUUAUAAAAGCCGUGAUUGGAACGGGUUUAUACGGAAUACUGUAUACCCUGAUAUUUUCGCCUUUUUCUCCCAUUGUAAUGAGGGCGAAUUUAUCAUAACAGCAUUACAGCGAACAUCUGUGAAAAACAUAUAUACAUAGUGAUUAAAUGUGCAGGGCAACAUUUCUUAUUUGGCGAAAAUUAAUUUUACCGUCGAAAGGCGAAAUUUUCCCUUUAUUAAAACUAGCCUUUUAAUUUCCUGGAUUUAUACCUAUGUUUUGUCGUUUUAAAGGUAAUUGUUUGAAGAUAUAGGUAUAUUGAACUCAGCAUCAUUUAGAUUGGGGUAUACCUCACGCGUAACGGGUAGUUCACGUUUUUAUUGACCGGAAUAUCAUAAAAGCUAUUUAUUUGAACAAGUUUUCAUCGCAAUUUUGGCGUCAGUAUGCUAAUUUUUGUGUCGCCUGCAACGCGAGGUAGGGUAUUACACUGUCGGCGUCGUCGUCGGUUCCGUCGUCCUAAACAAGGUUUCCGUGCGAUAACUUGAGUUCCCUUGGGUUGCUUGAACUCAAACUUGGUACACAUAUUUCAUACCAAUGUACUUCGGACUGAUUUGCAUUUCAGAAGUUUACGUGUAUUUUUGGUGGAGUUUUGCCCCUUCUAUUGCCAAAUAAGGGCAUAAUGUAGUGAAUGCAAGAUUUUUUUAAUCAAUUCCUUUCAAAUUUUGUACGGUCAUGCUAGAAGCAAUAAUAUUCAACACAUCUUACGGGGUUUUCUGUCGAGUUUCAACUUUCCGCGUUUUGACAUAUCUGUUUACGCGAUAACUCGAGCCAAAACACGUUUCUUACUAAAAGCGCUGAGCAGGCGACACAUACACUCCCGCGGAAUUCUUGUCAUAUCCCAGCUUAAGCUAAAUUGCCCAAUGGUUUUUAAAAGUGAACAUCAGUAUCUAAUUAUUUUACUUUGUUUACUUUCAAUACUGAUUUAUUAAAAUGCUGUUUCAUGCAAGUUUUAUUUCAGCAAUUUAACUUUCGAAAUAUUGACACACAAAAAAUCGAAAUUUGUAGAUAAUCUUGAAUGUCAAAUUUUAGCAUUAGAUGUUCUUCAGAAGUAAAGCAUAGCGUGGCCUUAAAAUCACCCAAGCAUUAAGAAAAAUAAUCUCAUUAAACAACGUUAAAUGAUGGUUCAAAGUAAUUUGUGGUGGUACAGUAGAUUUUAGAACAUGUCCAACAAUUUGUAAUUGAAGGGUUUAUUAUUUUGGGCUAGCUGUAUUUUACGAUAAAUUUCGGCCUAAUUCAUAAAUUGAUUUUAAGACUCAUAUUUGGCAAUUCAAAUACGAAAAUAUUCAUUCAACAUGAUAUAUAUAUACAGACUGAAAAAGUUGCUCUAAUAUUCAAUAGUAUUUAGGAUAACUGGAAUACGUACUAUACCGUUUCUGAUGUACAGUAUCUCAAAUAUUUACUCUAGGAUAAACAACUUUUAUGACGAACUUAAACAUAUUCAGCAUAUGCUCAUAUCUACAGUUAGCAGUAACAAGUGAAUUUUAAAGUUUUCAAAAUUUAGCCCUUUAAUAAAAAAAAAA